AUGAAUAUUCAAUAUUGUUUUGUUGUAAAUUUAUUAGUUAAAUUAUAAAAAAUUUCAGAAAGUUUUGAAAAAGAGGUAAAAUAAAUUUAGUAAAUUAUCAUUGAGAAUUUUAACUUGCUUCUGGGUUAAAUCAAAGAGUAAAAAUUUUUAGAAAUUGUAAAAGUGUCUAUCUAAUAAAAAAUAUUACUACAUCAGAAUAAGUAUAGUCAAAUUUAAAACAAUUUUUUUCCUAAAUAGAAAGUAUAACUUCUUGGGAUGGUUUUCAAUGUUAACUUAUAAAAACCCAGUCCAAAACUAAAUAAUUUGAAAAAGGGGUAUUUUUCAUCAUAAUAAAUUUUCGAUGAUUUUAUUGAAUUUAAUAUAUGA